GAGAUGAUUGUUACCUCUCAGUGUGUCUCUCCCUCACUAACCCAUUUUCCCAGAGAGACGCCAUUUUGUUUUAUGUUCCCCGCAGCAAGCUCACCAUGCGCUUAAGCCACAACAACUUGUCCCUGUCCUAAGAUUGGCAAGCUUGUCUGUUUGUCCGUGUGACUGUCCAUUCUUAUUGGGUAUCCUGUCCAUUCUAAUUGGGUAUCCUGUCCAUUCUUAUUGGGUAUCCUGUCCAUUCUUAUUGGGUAUCCUGUCCAUUCUUAUUGGGCAUCCUGUCCAUUCUUAUUGGGUAUCCUGUCCAUUGUUAUUGGGUAUCCUGUCCAUUCUUAUUGGGCAUCCUGUCCAUUCUUAUUGGGUAUCCUGUCCAUUCUUAUUGGGUAUCCUGUCCAUUCUUAUUGGGUAUCCAUUCCAUUCUUAUUGGGCAUCCUGUCCAUUCUUAUUGGGCAUCCUGUCCAUUCUUAUUGGGUAUCCUGUCCAUUCUUAUUGGGCAUCCUGUCCAUUCUUAUUGGGCAUCCUGUCCAUUCUUAUUGGGUAUCCUGUCCAUUCUUAUUGGGUAUUCUGUCCAUUCUUAUUGGGUAUCCUGUCCAUUCUUAUUGGGUAUCCUGUCCAUUCUUAUUGGGCAUCCUGUCCAUUCUUAUUGGGCAUCCUGUCCAUUUGCGUGUUGUGCCUGUUAUUGUUGAUGUGGGACUGAAUCUGCUGCUGUGUUUGUCCACGUUUUGACUGUCAAUAUGACUGAGACUAAAGAAGAAUCCUAGACCUGUUGUUCAGGUCAUAAAAGACUGAAUCUUUACAGUAACUUGAUAUCUGGUUUGAAUUUUCACACAAAUCUCCCAUUGACGUCAAUGCAUGUUAUGCUCGAAAAUGUGUUACAUCUCAAGCCAAAAAAUUACCACAGUCAUGGAUGUCCACACCUACAUUUCACUAUAACCAGUUGUUGGCUUCAGUCUCAGCCGGUGUGUGUGUUUCUGUGAAACUGGCAGAGUUUCAGAGGUCAUCAAGGAGCCCUAGGGCUUGCAGGAAGCAGCUCUACAGAAUUCAAAACACACUGUCUACAAAAACCAAUUUGAAAUGUCUGUCUGUCUGUCUGUCAGUGGUGUCUGUCUGUCUGUCUGUCUGUCUGUCUGUCUGUCUGUCUGUCUGUCUGUCUGUCUGUCUGCCUGUCUGUCAGGGGUGUCUGUCUGUCAUUGGUGUCUGUCUGUCUGUCUGUCUGUCUGUCUGUCUGUCUGUCUGUCUGUCUGUCUGACUGUCUGUCUGUCUGUCUGUCUGUGGUGUCUGUCUGUCUGUCUGUCAGUGGUGUCUGUCUGUCUGUCUGUCUGUCUGUCAGUGGUGUCUGUCUGUCUGUCUGUCUGUCUGUCUGUCUGUCUGUCUGUCAGUGGUGUCUGUCUGUCUGUCUGUCUGUCUGUCUGUCUGUCUGUCUGUCUGUCUGUCGGUCUGUCAGGGGUGUCUGUCUGUCAGUCAUUGGUGUCUGUCUGUCUGUCUGUCUGUCUGUCUGUCUGUCUGUCUGUCUGUCUGUCAGUGGUGUCUGUCUGUCAGUCAUUGGUGGGUGUCUGUCUGUCUGUCUGUCUGUCUGUCUGUCUGUCUGUCUGUCUGUCUGUCUGUCAGGGGUGUCUGUCUGUCUGUCUGUCUGUCUGUCUGUCUGUCUGUCUGUCUGUCUGUCUGUCUGUCUGUCCGUGGUGUCUGUCUGUCAGUCAUUGGUGUCUGUCUGUCUGUCUGUCUGUCUGUCUGUCUGUCUGUCAGGGGUGUCUGGGUGUCUGUCUGUCUGUCUGUCUGUCUGUCUGUCUGUCUGUCUGUCUGUCUGUCUGUCUGUCAGUGGUGUCUGUCUGUCAGUCAUUGGUGUCUGUCUGUCUGUCUGUCUGUCUGUCUGUCUGUCUGUCUGUCUGUCUGUCUGUCUGUCUGUCUGUCAGGGUGUCUGUCUGUCUGUCAGGGGUGUCUGUCUGUCUGUCUGUCUGUCUGUCUGUCUGUCUGUCUGUCUGUCUGUCUGUCAGUGGUGUCUGUCUGUCAGUCAUUGGUGUCUGUCUGUCUGUCUGUCUGUCUGUCUGUCUGUCUGUCUGUCUGUCUGUCUGCCUGUCUGUCAGGGGUGUCUGUCUGUCAUUGGUGUCUGUCUGUCUGUCUGUCUGUCUGUCUGUCUGUCUGUCUGUCUGUCUUGGGCUUAUCUGUCUCAUAUUACUAUGGUCCCAUCCACUUCCUGAAGCAUGUGUCUCUCAGGGUGAAUCCCACACAGGAUGGAGUGCUCAUAUCUGUGUUCUGUACGUCAAUGUCUGAUUUUUGAUUUGAUGUUGUUCAACUGUGAAUGUGGUCUAUAUAGUUUAUAUAGGCCUUACAUUGUUUUGAGCCCUCUGCUUUGAGAGUGGAUAGUGACCUUGAGUUUCUCGAGUAUACAGUGCAUUCGGAAAGUAUUCAGACCCCUUGACUUUUUUGUUACGUUACAGCCUUAUUCUAAAAUUGUUCAAUUAUAUUUUUCCCUUAUUAAUCUACACACAAUACCCCAUAAUGACAAAGCAAAAACUUGUUUUUAGACAUUUUUGCAAAUUUAUAGAAAAUAUAUAUAACAUGUACAUAAGUAUUCAGGCCCUUUGCUCAUUACUUUGUUGAAGCACCUUUGGCAACAUUCAGAGACUUGUCCCGAAGCCACUCCUGCAUUGUCUUGUCUGUGUGCUUAGGGUCGUUGUCCUGUUGGAAGGUAAACCUUCGCCCCAGUCUGAGGUCCUGAGUGCUUUGAACCAGGUUUUCAUCAAGGAUCUCUCUGUACUUUGCUCUAUUCAUCUUUCCCUCGAUCCUGACUAGUCUCCCAGUCUCCCUGCCGCUGAAAAACAUCCCCACAGCAUGAUGCUGCCACCACCAUGCUUCACCGUAGGGAUGGUGCCAGGUUUCCUCCAGAUGUGACGCUUGGCAUUCAGGCCAAAGAGUUCAAUCUUGGUUUCAUCAGAUCAUAUAAUCUAGUUUCUAAUGGUUUGAGAGUCCUUUAGGUGCCUUCUACAGAAGUAGUGCGGGCGGGCUAUCAUGUGCCUUCUACAGAGUAGUGUGGGCGGGCUAUCAUGUGCCUUCUACAGAGUAGUGGCUUCUGUCUGGCCACUCUACCUUAAAGGCCUGAUUGGUGGAUUGCUGAAUAGAUGUUUGUCCUUCUGGAAGGUUAUCCUUUGUUUUGGUAGCCUUCCCCAGAUCUGUGCCCUGACACAAUCCUGUCUCUACGGACAAUUACCUCCACUUCAUGGCUUGGUUUUUGCUCUGACAUGCGCUGUCAACUGUGGGGACCUCAUAUAGACAGGUGUGUGCCUUUUCAAAUCAUGUACAAUCAAUUUUACCACAGGUGGACUACAAUCAAAUUGUAGAAACUUCUCAAGGAUGAUCAAUGGAAUCAGGAUGUACCAGAGUUCAGUUUCGAGUCUCAUAGCAAAGGGUCUGAAUACUUAUUUAAAUAAGGUAUUUCAUUUUUGAAUUUUUGAAAUUUGCAAAAAUAUAUAAAACCUUUUUCCACUUCGUCAAUAGGUUGUAUUGUGUGUAUAUUGAUGAGAGAAAAAAAAAACAGAUUUAGUCAAUUUUACAUUUGACAUUUUAACAUCACAAAAUGUUGAGAAAGGGGAGAGGUCUGACUGCUUUCCGGUUGCACUGUAUGUUGCAACAAGCAUGACAGUCAUUUUGUAAAUCAGUGGAAAAUAUUUUCUCAGGGAAUAUUGUUCUGGGCAAACCUAAAGCACAGUGUUUUGAACAGUGUUUUUCACUGUCUUGCCAGAGGAUUCUGACAGAAACCAGCACACACAACAAUCUACUGCUGGUAAAGCUCACACUUCAAAACAGUGUGUGUGUGUUUGUAUUUGUGCGGGAGCAUGUGUGUGUGUCUGUGUGUCACUGCUGUUGUAAAAUAGUGCAGCGGUUAGGUGUUUUUCACCCAAAGAGACCAGUGAGUGUUUUGUGGGGUGUUGUGAAUAAUCUGGUUCUCCCAUAGCCAGAUGCAGGGUUCAGGAUGAUAAACAGAGCUUCCUCAUGAUGUCACACCUUACGUUCCCAUAACGCCGAUCCCCAUCAUCCAAUGAGCAGUCAACAAAAGUUGAAGAUUUAAUUUUUUGGGGAAAAAAGCAUUUAAGGAGCCACAAGGUUUUACGCACAGCCACAUUUUCUUUGGCUGAAAGCGACACACACUGUGGCUCUCCAAGACUUUCCCACGCUUGGCUUCAAGUUCUACUUAUCCUUGUCUGGUCUUCGUAGACCCAUUGAGGUUGGAGCUCAGUCUGAUUUACCCCUGAAAGAGUGACAGGCAUGCAGGGUCAGAUCCGACUGGGCCAGGGGGUCGACACAAGCCAAGUUAAUAUUUAUGAGGGGGUUUAGUGCUGAUAAAGAGGGCUUAGGAACAGUAGAUACCCUAGAGUAGAUCAAAACCACUAAUCAUUCUCUUGAGAUAAGAGUGUGCCAAGUGGAAAUGACAUGAUGUCACAUGGGGCCACCUGGGCUGCACACUGGGUGGUCAGAGCUAUAGACAUAGGCUACAGUGAAUAGAAUGAACCAGUCUCCCAAGCAUUCAAAGAACUGCCUCAAUCAUGCUCAGAUAGUGCCUACCACAUCAGAGUCAACAUUAUCGAGAGAUGACGCAUGUCCAGUAAGUGCAUUUACUCAAUGAGACCUGAACUAUGGUUGCCAACCCUCUCAGUUUGGCCAGGAGAAAAGAUAUUCAGGGAGAAUUUCCUGAACUGGAUUGCUUAAUGGUAGAUCUGAGUUCAGUCUGAGUGGCCUGUUCUGAGUUUGAUACUUCAGAGUCUUCAUCACAGAGCUUUGCCCCUAAAAUCAGUCCACAGCCUGCUAAAGCUCCAACAGACUUUAAAAGAACAUCAUUUAGCGAGAGUUUGAACUGGCGUCCGCCUUAUUCCCUGGGUUGUGUUUAGUCUGAUCCUAUUCGUAGGUUCUGGAACAGGAACAAUACAGGGAUUGUGAAGAAUUUUGGCUUGGCUGUAGCAGAGGAUUAAUUGAGACCAGGUUUCUUGCUUUUCAUCUAAAAGAUAUAAGAACAUGCAUAAAAUGGUAUGGUGUCUCAGGGGUCUAUUCAAUCAGCUCUGCUUUAGUUGACAUCCACAUAGUGGCUGUUUUGGCGGUGUCGGAGGAGGAACUGCAUUAGAGCUGUUAAAUCCACAAGCUGCUCCUGUGGCAUUAUACCUAAAGCCAACAUCGGCAUUGGCUGCUCGGAGUCACAUUAACAGAAAUCCCAUGCAGACUUUUUUUUAAUAGUUCGGACACUGGAAUGUGAGAUGUAAUCAAGUCUGAUAGAAAUCCUCAUUAUUUAGUUUAAUGAUUUUCAAAUUGAGCGUAAUUAUUUCUACAGUAAAUGACAAUACUUUCUUGUUCUGAAUUAUAACGCAAGUGGGACGGUGUGGCUUUGUGGCAAUAAUCAAGAGCAGUUGCUCAUUGGUUUGACAGCUGCAGUUCCACCUCCGACAUCGCCAAAAUAUCAGCUACAGUGCCUUCAGAAAGUAUGCAGACCAUUCGACUUUAUACACAUUUUGUUACAUUGCAGCCUUAUUCUAAAAUAGAUUAAAUAAUUAAACCUAUUCAGCAAUCUACACACACUACCCAAUAAUGACAAAGCAAAAACAGUUUUUUUGACAUUUGUGCAAAUUUAUAAAAAAAUUUAAACAGAAAUACCUUAUUUACAUAAGUAUUCAAAAGCUUUGCUAUGAGACUCGAAAUUGAGCUCAGGUGCAUCCUGUUUCCAUUGAUCAUCCUUGAGACAUUUCUACAACUUGAUUUAAUUCCACCUAUGGUAAAUUCAGUUGAUUGGACAUGAUUUGCAAAGGCACACACCUGUCUAUAUUUGGCCUGACAGUUGACAGUGAAUGUCAAAAACCAAUCCAUGAGGUUGAAGGAAUUGUCCGUAGAGCUCCGAGACAGGAUUGUGUCGAGGCACAGAUCUGGGGAAGGGUACCAAAACAUUUCUGCAAGAUUGAAGGUCCCCAAGAACGCAGUGGACUCAAUCAAUCUUAAAAAGUCCUGUGUCCUCUUCCUGACCAAGAACCCGAUGGUCAGGCUGACAGAACUCCAGAGUUCAUCUGUGGAGAUGGGAGAACCUUCCAGAAGGACAAGCAUCUCUGUAGCACUCCACCAAUCUGGUCUUUAUGGUAGAGUGGCCAGACUGAAGCCACUCCAGGGUAAAAGGCACAUGACAGCCCACUUGGAGUUUGCCAAAAGGCACCUAAAGACUCUCAGAUCAUGAGAAACAAGAUGUGGUCUGGUGAAGCCAAGAUUGAACUCUUUGGCCUGAAUGCCAAGCGUCACUUCUAGAGGAUACCUAGCACCAUCCUUACGGUGAAGUAUGGUGGUGGCACCAUCAUGCUGUGGGGAUGUUUUUCAGCGGUAGGGACUGGGAGACUAGUCAGGAUCGAGGCAAAGAUGAACUGAGCAAGGUACAGAGAGAUCCUUGAUGAAAACCUGAUCCAGAGCACUCAGGACCUCAGAAAUGGUUGAAGGUUCACUUUCCAACAGGACAAUGACCCUAAGCACACAGCCAAGACAAUGCAGGAGUGGCUUCGGGACAGGUCUCUGAAUGUCCUUGAGUGGCCCAGCCAGAACCCGGACCUGAACCCGAUCAAAAUUCUCUGGUGAGACCUGAAAAUAGCUGUGCAGCGAACCUCACCAUCCAACCUGACAGAGCUUGGGAGAAACUUCCCAAAUACAGGUGUGCCAAGCUUGUAGCGUCAUACCCAAGAAGACUCGAGGCUGUAAUCACUGCCAAAGGUGCUUCAACAAAGUACUGAGUAAAGGGUCUGAAUACUUAUGUAAAUGCGAUAUUUCAUUUUUUUCUAUCAGCAAACAUUUCUAAAAUCCUGUUUUUGCUUUUUCAUUAUGGGGUAUUGUGUGUCGAUUGAUGUGGGAAAACACUAUUUAAUACCUCUUUGAAUAAGGCUGUAACCUAACAAAAUAUGGAAAACGUCAAGGGGUCUGAAAACAUUCCGUAUGUGUCGGCUAUCACUGGUAAAUACUUGAUCUUAUUGAAUCUAUGCCUCGGUCUUGCUGACAAUUUCUUUGAAUCCUCGUGUGGUUUUUAGGUUUCUUCUGACUGCUACUCUUGUGUUUUUUAUGUGACGGCUAGGUUUAUAGUUGAAGGUUAUUAAGAGUCUAUGUGCUGUUACUCAUAGCCUAUGGCUGUGCAAUGUAGUAGGAAUUCUCACCAUCCUUUUUUUACAAGUCCAAUCUGUUGGGCCUGUUUGUAUGGCAAUGCUUCUGUCCAUCACCAUCUCCUCUCCAGUGGUUCAGUUGACACUGUGGAUUCUCUCUUCUUCAUCCCUCUUGAAAAGUAUUCCACUGUUUUUUCAAAAACACAAUAUUCAUCCUCAGUUAUGAGUUAAUAGGCCUCUCAACAGUGCACUCCAGCGGCCUCCAAAUAUGUAGUUCUUAACCCUGCUAUGGCCUCUAU